AUGUUUCUGAGUAAAAUUCAUGGCGAAAAACAACAUCAACUAUUUACUAGACUGUAUGGAUUGUAUGAGAAGGGUUUAACAUUCCUGCUACACAGCCCUUCCAUUAGGUCUUAUAUUAUAGAUGUCCUUCAUAAUCCCAGACUCUCCAUCUGUACAGAUGAACAUACUCUGAUUUUUGAGCAUGAGUUUGAUAGAUACCUUUAUUAUGAAAUAGGAUGCAAUGAAACAUUUUACUUUUUCAACAUACAGAUGUAUAUGAAAUGCCUACAUACAAUAGAACAGCUGGUAGGUUCAGUCCUAAUUACGCAGUAUAACGUCCCUAUGUUACAGAAACUUACAUCUACUCUCUUUCAUAAAACUGCUUUCAUAGUAUACAUGGAAACUUACACACAUAAAAACAAACUGAGGUAUAGAGCUGACAAAAUCUCCUGUCACAUGCUGAAAUUAGCAGCCAAGUUUGGUUUCAUUUCUGACAGCUUGUACAUUGCUCUGUAUUAUUACAAGACACUUAGAUACACGGAAGCUUUAUCUGUUUUAGAGAUGAUCAAGGUCAAGUUAGCACAGCCAUAUGCGACGUACAUGUAUAACUUUAAUUUAGGUCCAGAGAUGUAUCCUGAGGCUGUAAGGGGACAGUCCUGGUCUCUAAAGAUGAGACAGACUGUAGCAUGGGCUAACAGACUUUACCAUGAAAUCCAUUACAUCAGUGAAUUGAUACCAGAACAAGAGUCUGCUUUUCAGAAGAAAUCAUCUGCAUUAGGUAUCCCACCCCUUAUACUGUUAUACAUGCUAGAGAUCUUGUGCUACAAACAUGUAGACACAAUGAGAGCACAAGCAGCUCUAGAUGAUCUACAGACCCUAAUUCACUAUGAAGAGGGACAGAUUAUACCUUUAUUAUUCAGAGACAUAUCAUGGCGGAUUCUGGAGAUCUGUCAGCAGGAGAUAGGGAACAUUUAG